AUGCCUACAAAAACGUACUUUGUUGAUCAUAUCAAUAAUACUCGAUAUCCAUUAAACGGUGUUAUCCGAUCCGACACUCCGAGCACUGUAACAGUUUCCAGUGCAUUAUUUCGAGAUCAUAUUAUCCUAAGUGCAGAACAACUUCCGCCGAAAGUUGAUUUCCGUCCAGAUUUGACAGCCAUUGAAAAUCAAUGGCAGACAAAUAGUUGUGUGGCCAACGCUUUUGCCGGAGCGUACGAAUAUUUGCUUAGCAAAGCGACUGGCACACAAAUCGAUGUAUCUCGACUGUUUCUAUAUUACAAUGCUCGAUAUAUGGGUAGUCCAUAUGUCCCAAUUACAGAUAGUGGAUGUAUGCUGGAUCAAGCCAUUGCAUCUUUGUGUAAUUAUGGAGUUUGUCUGGAAUCGCUUUGGCCUUUUGAAAUGCGACUUGUAAAUAUGGCACCGAACAUGCAAGCCUAUCAAUCAGCAAAAGAUCACAAGAUCGUUGAUUGGCUUCGAUUGAGCGUCAAUCUCAAUGAUAUGAAAUCGUGCCUAGCACAAGGUUACCCAUUCACUUUUGGAGUGGAACUAUUCGAUUCAUUCGGUCAGGCAACUCGAUCAGGUGUAGUUCCUAUGCCAUCAGCUGCAGAAUUAGAUCCGUCGCAACGGUGGGAUCCAAGCAGACAGAUGAAACAGCACGGCCGCCAUGCUAUGUUGGCUGUUGGCUACAGUGAUCUAUCGCAAGUAUUUCUCGUUCGAAAUUCAUGGGGUACACAGUGGGGCGAUCAAGGCUACUGCUAUAUGCCAUACGCAUAUCUGUCGGAUCCAUCAUUGUGUUUCGAUGCAUGGGUGGUUCGAAAAUUGGCAACCGAUGAUUUUAGUCGAGACGGUUGGUCAUUGCAGGAUACUGUUGAUUAUAAACUACAACACAGCCUUCAACACUUGGAUGCUUCACACGAACAUAAAAAAUGGGAAAUCAUUCAUGUUGAGGAGCCCGAUCAACCUGCAGAAGUAUCUCAUCAUACCGCAGUUGGUAUUGAUAACAACAAAAAGUGA